AAGCAUGAGGUGAUGCUUAUGCUGUGUAACGGCGGGCUGCAUUUUGCGCCUAUUAGGGAGAACCCGCAGAAUAUUGUCGAUCUUGGAACUGGGACGGGGAUUUGGGCUUUGGAUAUAGCGGACAAGUAUCCGAGUGCUUUAGUUGUAGGAGUUAAUCUGAGUCCAAUACGAAGACAACGGCAUAAAGUAUCGGGAAUACAGGGCAUUAGGAAACUUUCAGGCUCUCCAGCGUACAGAUCAAGGUAGCAAACUCGCUACAAGGCCCUAUAUUUCCAGGCCCUGCCCCUAAAAGCACAUUUACG